AUGUCGACUUGGAUCCGUUGGAACGAAGAAAGUAAGUUAUGCCGACAAGGACAACUAGGCGAAGAGCAAAAAGUAACAAUAAACAGCAUCUUCAACUCCAAGAUCGGAGCAGAGUAUUUGCCUCCAGAGCACAAAGGAGAUAUCCCGCCAAAUGUCGAAGGCGGCCAGCUAUACACUGGAAGCUGUCAUUGCGGUGCAGUUACUGUGGCUCUCUCAUGCAAGCCCUUGGAUGAAUUUAACGAAGGGGUGGUAGUUGUAUGCAACUGUAGCAUCUGCUCUCGGAACGGAUAUAUCUGGCUCUUCCCUAGGCCCGAAAACGUAGUCCUCUCAGGGUCCGAGGAUGCCAUUGGUCGUUAUACAUUCGCCGAUGGGUUGACGAGCAAAACAUUCUGCCGCACCUGCGGUAUCAACAUGACAAACCUCCGAAACCAACUCUCUCUCGACGAGGUACGAGCGCUGAGUAGGCAUUCCCGUCAAGUCUAUGAGAGAAACAAGGAGUCUCAUCCAGUGAAUGUGCGAAUACUGCAUGGGGUGGACGUGGGCAAGUUAAACAAGGUGACGUUUACGGGUGCGACAGUGAUGCCAUCGACGUAUAUAAAUCCUUGA